AUGGUCUCAUGUGUCGUGUGCAUGCAAAGUGUUUUUCUUAAUUUAGUUAUAUUAAUCUGGUCAUUGAUGCUCGAUGGAUAUUUUAUCGAAGAGAACCGUGGUAUUAAAAGUGGUCUUGUAUUUUGUGAAUUAGAAGGAUGGAUAUUACCAGCAUAUUCUUUUUUUACGUGUAUUGGUAUAGUCAUUGCUUGCAUUCAAUUAGGCCUGUUAAUAUUUUGUUGUGGCUGUUUGAAAGCUGAAGAAUGUCUUCGUGUUCGUUCGUAUACAAUUGAUUUGCUAUGGGCUAUUGCAAAAGAAGUUCCUCAGAUUAUAAUUAUAUUUCGUUUAAAUUUAUGUCGUGAUGGUUGGUUUAAAAUGUCGUCAUUAUUUAAAGCAAUAUUUUCUAUUUUUGUUACUCUAUGGAAACUGCAUAAUCUCUAUACAUUUUUACGUAACGAUGUCAAGUCAAGUGACAUACCAAAUUGGUGUCGAGCUAAACGUUUAUAUGUUUGUUUUCCGAUCUUUUUAAUUCCAGUUUGGAUUCUAAAUUUAGCUCUAUCAAUCAUGAUAGCUAUGCUAUUUGUUGGCCGUUAUCGUCAUGAAUCAUACAUAUCAAUACCCGGCUCAUUGAAUAAUUUACGUGUACACGAUGAAUAUUUACACACAAAAUAUAUUGUUCGUUCAGGUAUUUAUCUAUCGUGGCCAGAGCUACACUAUAAAAAGUCGUACAUGAAACUGGCUGAAAUCGAUUAUGUCAUGGCCAAUACAAAUACAACCGUUCAUGUAGCAUUUAAAUUACCAUAUGUUUGCUUUGAACGAUCAUUAUCGGAUCGAACACCGAAUCAAUGUUUUAAAUUUGAUCAUACAACAAAACAUUUAUCUGUCGUAUCGUCUAAUGAGUUCAAUCAAUACCAUGGAAAUAAUACCGAACAAAAUGCAACCUUUCGAUUUGACUACAAGCCACAUUCAAAUAAAUAUAACUUAGGUCAAAUUAUUUACUAUGGACAUGUAACGUCGGGUCCUUUGUAUUUAAAUAAACUUUUAUAUUUUCGCUUACAUCAUGCUAAUGCACAAGAUAAUGAUAAUGAUUUUCUUUAUCGAACAUCAACAAAUGCUUAUCGAUUCUACAUCGUUGAUCAACAGCUAAUACCAAUUGAGAAAGCUUGGCAGUAUGGUCUUGGAAAAUGUCGACCUUGCCAAUUGGGACCAAAGCUAUCUACUAAUUGA